AUGUCAUCUCAGAGUCAGUCGGGCCUCCUUCACAAGCACAAGGGCAUCCUCUUCUCUUCCAUGUCUUCGAAAGGACUCCUCGAUUCUUUGGAUUCUUUUGAUGCGAGAGAAGAUGACAUAUUUCUGGUUUCCUACCCAAAAUCUGGAACCCACUGGGUAGCAGAAGUCAUCGAGAAUAUUCCCAAUGUUGGAAUUACCCUCACACCUCCUAUCGAGUGGGGAGACGUCUCUAAGUUUGAAGAGCUAAAGAUGGUCCCGAAGAGAAGAGUCAUCCCGACGCAUCUGAGCUACGAGAUGAUUCCUGUGACUGUUAAACAGAAGCAGUGUAAGAUUGUCUACAUCAUCAGGAAUCCGAAGGAUACAGCCGUGUCCCUGUUCCACUACUACAGAGACAACCCCAACCUUCCGUCCCCUGAAACGUGGCCUGCGUUUUUAGAGCUCUUCCUCAAAGGAGACGUUGUGUAUGGCUCCUGGUUUGAUCACGUGUUGAGCUGGGAGAAACACAAAAACGAUAAAAACGUCCUCUUCCUAUUCUAUGAAGAAAUGAAGAAAGAUUUUGUUAAGAGUCUAAAUAAAAUAACUGAUUUCCUUGGCUUUGAUGUGAAUGACAGCGAUAUUGGUAAGAUUGCCCGGAACACAUCGUUCCGCGAGAUGAAGAGUAACGCAGUGAAAGAAAACCGCGACCCCAAUCACACCAUCUGCGCCCUCACAUCCAACAGGAACCUGGUGUUCAGGAAAGGAGUGGUGGGUGAUUGGAUAAACUACUUCACUCCGAAGCAGAGGAAUGCCUUUGAUGGAUUGUUCACGGAGAAGAUGAAGCACAGCGAUGUGGGCAGGUGCCUGAAGGAGUACACGGAUUCAGAUGGGAAAUGA